GAUUGACAGAAAGCGGCCGCACGGAAUUCCCAGCGCCCAGGCAAAUGUACAUACCGACGUACGAGCGGGCAUCCUCUCAUCGAAGGGCUACCAGUCCGAGCACGCCACUGGCAAUCAGACAACUAGGACAGAGGCGGCAGCAGCAGCAGCAGCGAUCACUGCUCAAAGCUUUUUGGCAACGCGGUAGGGAUAUGGACCUCAAUGCACAGUUGCAAAUACGACAAGACACUUGAUCCCCGAGAGGAAGAACACUUUCAGCAUCCGGUGCACGACAAGGCCCGUCUGUCUCUCUGCACAAGCUACAACUUCCGCAAGCAUGUCCUGAUGGAUAUGAGAGGAAUUUCGCUGCAGCAAGACAGAAGCUGUUCUUGGAUAAGAAGGCCCGGGCAAUGGGGAACAGGAAGGAGGCAGGAUCGAAGGCAUCGGGCGGAGAGAGUCGAGCGAGCCUGGCGAUCCGCCGGCAGAGCCAACGCGAAGAAGAGCAUUUUAUUGCGGUCACUGGAAACUGAGAAUGAGAAACGGAAGCACAGGAGCGAAAUUGCUCGUGUGGUCUUCUCGUCGAUGGCGCAUCGAGCAUCAAAGCAAGUGGCAAAAAACUUCGACAUUUCUUUGCCUCGGCAAAAGAAAAGUCCAAGAAGCCAGGCCUCUUCGAUCACGGGCUGGCCACCGCUGCACCAACUGAUGCGCCGGCGGCAGCAUGAGCGUGACGCGAGUGAAACACGGACGCAUUGCGGAGCGAGCGAGCGAGGGCGCCGAGGGACAACUCGAAUUCGGGCGACGAGCAAAGCAUUUCGGUCGCCCAAAGCUCGCCGGCCUCCUCGUCACUGACCUGGGCUACGAGCUUUCGGGUGCGGGUGCGGGAGCAUCUCUGCGGCUAUCUUCUGAGCUUCGGAGACCCAGACGACCGACGACCGACGACAAUCUCACCAUUCUGCUAAUCUCGUCCGCAAAAACAAAGACCCCAGUGCUUCCACUAGAGCUGAGCCUCGCAUCCCCCCCGGCGCCAAUGACUCGCAACCCGAAGUCGCGACAAUCGAACGUCGAUCGACAUUCUUCCGUACGCAAAAUCUACUCCACUGCCGAGCAGCCUCGGCGGACCGACCGACCGCACACGCCUUUCUAAAGUCAGCUGUCGAGAAUCGCAGUAACCACGCUCACAUCUAACACCUCGACGCUCGAGGCUCAACCUCGACCUCGACCUCUACCUCUCUACCUUUACUAGACCUCCCGACGGACGAGCGAGCGAAUGCAACCCACCUGAAAUAAGCACGUCAGAAAAAACUCUGCGUCUGGAAUCUUUCGCUGCGUUGCCGAAAGUUGGCAUGUACGCAAGCACCGAUUCAAACAGCGACCGACCGACCGCACGACCGACAGGCACGCAGGCAGACCGCACGGGGCAACUCCGCUCUCGUCGUUUCUCGCUCCGGUCGCUUUGCUUUCCCUUUCCCCUUCCCCUUCCCUUCCCU